CCACCGAGAAGCCUCUCUCACGCCUCCUGUGGUCAGUCUGCGCAUUACUUUAGCAGUGCAGAAUAUUAUGAUAAAUCUUUUUACUUCGGGCACUGCAGACGUAUCAACAUAAUGAGACAGGAAUCUCUCGCCGCAGUGACAAGGACAGCGAGUACCCACUGGAAAAGAACAAUACGCAACCUCAAUGGCGUUGAUUAACGAGAACGGUGAACUCUUUGGUUUGCAGGAAACAAUGGAACUCAAAGAAAUAAACACAAUUGCAUUUGCUCCAGGAGUUACAUCUCAUUUUGCAGUAUCAUGGUCCGAAGAUAAUAAAAUGUCUCUUGUGACAUCUAAAGGAAUUCAUAUAUUUGAAUUUAUUCCCAACCCGAGAAAUUCAAAAUGCUGGUUGAGUUCGAGAAGAUUUUGGCUGAAAAUUCCAGACAUCAGGCCAACAAGAGAAUCUGGAGUGGACACAAACAAGCUUGUCUGGAAAGUGCCACAACCCUGUGUGUAUGAAAUGAUUAUGGAUGCUAACUUGACUCCGGACCUCGUAUACACUAAGCCAUUACCACCACAUGUCAUUCAAGCUUCGUGGAGCCCAGCUGGUAUGCUCAGACAUCAAAGGUGCCUGCUGGCAGUGGUUCUGAACACAGGAGCAAUUCUGCUGUUUGGCCCACGUACUUGGAAAUGGUUGGUAGUGUGCAACUUGUCAGAAAUUUGGUUAAAGCAUUGCAGAGAGCUUUGGGAAGAAAUGGAGCCAGCUGAGACAGUUGCAGAACAAUAUGAGCAGCUUAAGAGGAGGACAGCAUCCUUAAAAAUGAAUAUGAUUAGCUGGGGCCAGUUGAAACAAGACUCAUGCAGAUUUGCUGUAACUCAUACUGAUGCAAGUAUAUCAGUAUGGGAAAUACCAGUGAUGAAUGAGGCACAGUGGGAUGCAGCAAGUGUUCAGUUAAUUAGAGUUGUGGACACAAAGAUGAGCAUCCCAUCUGCACUACUCUGUCUGUCCAUUGGCACGGUAGUUGGUGAUUUGGAUGGUCACAUUUCAGUCCUGCCAGACGUUUUUAAAGAUGUACCAGCAGAAACUGCAAUGCCUUAUGUACUUUGGGAUGAAGAAGACCACAUUAAGGUUAAUGCCAUAAGCUCACUUCCACAGUCAUCGGAAUGUGAAUCCGCUGGCAAGUGGAUCAUACUUGCAGUGAAAAAAACAUUUAUGAUUGUCUUUGUAUUGAAUAAGAAUGGCCAAAAGAUCUCUGAAUAUCUUCACCGAGUGGGUGGCCUUGCAAUUUCUGGUUUAGUACCAAUAAGUGCAGAAGGAGUGGUAGUGACAUCACACACGGGCGUUGUGUGUAAGCUCAACAUCAAGGUGAAUGAAAGUGAAGAUAUAAUUGUUGAAUCUGAAAAUAUUGUAACAAAUUUCAAAACGAAAGAUGUUGCUUUCUACGGAAUAGCAUGCAGCAGAAACCAAGCAGUAUGGGCAAUAGUUACAAGUAUAUGCAAGUUAUAUGACCAUCUUGUCCUUCGGAAACCUGGACAAGUAAUAUUUUGCUCAUAUAUACCUGAAGAUAAUUUAAGUUCCUGUCUUGCAAACAAUGCAGCUAAACCACUUAUAGACACUGGAGAAUACUUGGAAUUAAUAAGAAUGAACUGUUUAAAGAACAAGGCAGUCCCACUGCUUCAGAACCUUUCGUGUGCAACAAAACCAUUUCCUUGGGACAUUCCUAGGCUGCGAGUGGAAUUCUGGCUGGCACAUACAAAGCUGGUUCUGCUUCCUAAUAGUGGAGAAGAAGACAAGGAACAGCAAAUGAAACUUACUCAGAAAUACAUAACAGAGCUAGAACAGCUGCUCCAGGUGCUGCAUGCUAUCACUGCCCUAAAAAGUCUGAAGAUUACUGCAAGAGAAAAGCCAUUGAACAUGCAUGAACAAAUAUCUGCACAUCUCAUGGACACCUGGCUAAGAAUAUAUGUAUCAGCAGCUUCUGAUUCUAUUGCAGAUCUUAUUAAUGAAGCACUCGCGGAUCCACUACCAGUUACUAAUGAAGUUCUAGAAGAGAAAUGUGCAAUAUGCAAUCAAGAGUGCCCAAUGACAGCUGAUUAUCAGAUAUCUAAGUGUUCAAAUGGGCAUAAACUGACUCGCUGCAGCCAAAGCCUGAGACAGUGUAUGCUGCCACCAUACUUCUUGUGCCCAACGCCAGGCUGUUGUGCAGUCGCACACAAAGAUUGUGCAAUUCUAGGCAAACCCAUUUUGUGCAUCUACUGCUCUGCUAUUCUUCAACUAGAUGAGCGUGUUGGUGGAGAACGGAAACCAGUUCCUGCUAUCUAUCAAAUCAAACCAGAUCCCACCAACGUACGACCAGAAUCUACCAAAGUCUCUUCUGAUAAAAGUGCUAACAAAAGCAGAAACUAUAUAGUUAGUGAUGAGUUCAUUGAAAAACACACUUAUAUAAUACAAGUGAAAGAUAGAUCUAAGAAGAAUGUCAAUGAUAAAGAGUGUGCUAAGAUUUCAAAAAAGUAACUAAUUUACAACUCUCUCAGCAGCUGGUUCUCUAAGGACACCUUUUCCACUGUUUGGUGUGUUAGUCAGUGUUGUGAAUUAUUUGUUGCUGAAUACUGGAAUAUUUGCAUGAAAGAGCCAUUUAUUGGUCUCUGAAAAGAGCUGUGGUUACUUUUUGAAGACUUGAAAAGGUAACAAAAAUAUAGCAGUGUGUCAAUUGAAUAAAAUGUGUGAGAAAUAGGAUGUUAUUACACUCUUUGUGAACACACAAGGAUUCACAUGAAAGUGGAAAUUUGCUAUGUUUCCCACUUUAUAAGGUACAGUUUCUGAUAAAUGUCAUGCAUAUUAUGUUUUCAUGGGUCUUUUCAUGUCAUCUUGUAAUUUCAGAAAAUAUGACUGUAGCAGAAAACAGUUAAAGAAUGGGAGAUUAUAAUUUUCAAAUAAAAAUACAUGCUGUGAUA